ACAACCUUGCCGUCCGGACAUAUAGUCUCGAUUGCGCAAUAAUAAACACAGAAAUGCCGCGAGUCUUCUUAGUUAAAAAGACAAGUUUUUUUCCCGGGAAAAGAAACUGGAGUUUGCUACCGGAUUCCGCGAGAGGGGACAUAUAUAUACCAGUUUCUGUCUUUCCUCCCCUUUAUGGACAAGAACACUUGGAAGCCAGCACUGCAGAGAUCUCUGGCUCUCCAGCCCCCACCCCCACCCCGCAGGGCAGGAAUGGACAGAUGCACACUCACUCCCCUGGCCUGGCUGCCCAGAAGCCCACCUCUACUGCAGAGGAUCAGCCAAAGCCCAGCUCCCAGUGCCCUUUGAGCACACUCAGGACUUCUUAUGUCUGCUCCAAAAUUAAGAUAACCAUGGGUGAAAUGACAAGUGAUGUAUCAAGUGUCUCACAAAACAAGUCAUCAACAGACAUGCCAUCUAUUACACUCCCUUGUCCAAUAUGCCAUAAGACUUUUAGUAACACCCGGAUGAUAAAACGUCAUCUGAGGAGUCACAGUGACUUUAGGAGGUACCCAUGUGAGUACUGUGGGAAAGGCUUCAAUGACACUUUCGACCUCAAGAGGCAUGUGCGCACCCACACAGGUGUGCGUCCCUUUAAGUGCUCCAUGUGUGACAAGGCCUUCACUCAGCGCUGUUCCCUCGAGUCUCACUUGAAAAAAAUUCAUGGUGUCUCUCAGCAGUAUGGCUACAAAGAACGCAGGGACAAGCUAUAUGUGUGUGAAGAGUGUGGUCUGACAGCGCGGACACAAACUGGCCUGUUCGUGCAUAUCCAGACCAAACAUCCCAACAGCAGAAGAGUUAAAGACAAAAACAGCUCAAAGCAGUCACAAGGCUGGCAGAGCAGAGUAUCCCUCGGCUCACCUCACACCCAGUGUGAUGUGGAGUCUGUUGUUCGAACUGAUGCUAUUGUUUGA